AUGCCUUUUUUGGAACAGAAACAAGAAGUUGAAGAAAAAAUAAGAAAAGAAGUAAAGAAACGUCAGGAAGAAAGAGAAAGACUGCAGGUCCAAUGGGAAAAGAAGAAAAGCUGCUUGGACAAGGCAGUUGAAGAAGUGCAGGCACGCAUUCGGCAGUGCAAGGAUCGCAUCGAGCAGCUGCAGCAGGAGCUGCAAACGUGGAGCUCGUCCUUCGAAAAGCUUUCCAAGCAGACAAACAAACAAGCUGAGUUGCACUGCUUAAUGAAGGCUCUUCAGGGGAUAAAAAUAAAGAAUGUGACUGAUGAUGACAUGCUUCUGGAGGUCACCCCACAGGCUCUGAUCCCAUCCUCCGAAAUCACACCUCUCGAACUCUGUGUCCAUUGGAAUGAAGAGGGAGAACUGAGCCUUUCGCAAGUUGGAAGUGGGAUUUUUAACCUUGAUACCAUUGUGCAGAAGCCUCUUAUUAAUUUGAAGAAUGCCCUGCUGGAGAUCCAACACAGCUAUAUCAGCCAAGCAGAACUGGUCAGUGAAAUCCAGCGGCUUCAUGAUAACCCCCACAGGAGAACCCAUCACUUUCUGAUUGGUUGGAAUGUCUCCAUGCCUGCUCAGAAGUAUAAUAGAGAUGCUUAGUGACUGGACACGUCUGAUGCUCAAGCUAGUGUGUUUGUAUUUAUGUUUGUAUGUUCAGCUACUGAAAAAUAUUGUUUAUUAUGAUGAGCAAAUGUGUUUUUGUUGUAAUCUUAAACUUUGGGUUGGAUGUAUAUCAAAUGCUUUUUAUUAGAUGUAUGUUAAAUUGUAAUGUAAUCGAUGCAGGCCGUCAUACUUUCUCAUUUACAUUGUAGUGUCAUCCUGCAGUGUUUAACGCAUUACAGCUGAGUGACUGCAUUUCUGCAGUUACAUCCUUUUUAUACCUCUAGGUGUCAAAUAUUGUGUACAUUUAUAUUAAUUCUAAAACCAUACUGCACAUAUUUUCUCAACGUUUACACAAUGACAAACACAACUGUAUUUAUAUCGGACCCCUGUCUAGUGCAGGUAAUGAGAUACUAACUGUUGUGCAUAUAGUAUUCAUUUAUAUUGUGCUACAUUUCAUCUUUUUCUUAUCUUCACAACCAAGUAGCACAGAUAGAACCGCUUAGCCUGACAUGAAAGCACUCUGUUAUGAACAAAAUACUGCUGACACUGUGUGUAUAUACCACGAGUGGUUGCUGAGAUAUAGUUUCAGUGUUUACUGUGACUUAUAAAAUCCACUUUAAGACCUGGAACCUAAAGAAUAAUCCCACUGUAAAAAUAGUCUGUACUGAAGAGUUUGCCAUUUAUGCUUCUUUAUUAACCCCUAUAACAACAGAGAUAUGUGCAUUCUUUUGAAAUAUGAGGACAAAAUUUAAUUAUCAAAAAGCUUGGAUUCCGCCCAUUGGAAGUUACGGAUCUCAUUUGGAAGGAAUGAGUUAAACGAUAAUGCCUGGUCCCCAUGAGUGGAAUGACUGUGGGUAUCUUUGGGUGGAAACUAUGUCAUGCAUCUACCUAUUGUGUGUUUCUUCAUCGUUAAAAUAUGUACAUCAAGAAAUGCUUGAGUUGAAAUUUUUUCUGACAAGUGAAAUCUGUUACAUUGCUUCUUUUAGCAAUUUUGAGGGCAUUUAAAAUAAAGUCUUAAUUUGUGACUGGAAUAAGCUGGCAGUCACAGCUUUGUCACUGGGUAAGUAGAAUGUGGGCCAUAUUUUAGAUUAUUUCUAAGUACAGGACUGGGUAAGUUGUUGUUUUUAUGCUGGCAGAUGCCAUGACAUUAGGACUUAUGUAAGUUAAAAUGGAGACCAUUGGCAGUGGUAUGUCUUAUCUCCAGCAAAACUCUUUAUAUGCAAGCUGGUUUUGGCUCAUUUAACAAUAGAAACUCUCCUUUUUAGGUCUUCAUAGUAUCAUAGGAGGUUACUAGGCUAAUGGCUCCAAAGCCCUUACAAGCCUAGCCAAGUUCCAACCUGUGUUCCCAAACGUGUCUGAUUCAAGCAGACACUAAAAUUAGCACGUUAUUGCUCCUGUACAAGAGGGACACAGUGGAACCCCCAGGGUGAAUUUCCGGUUAACCAUCCAAUCAUCCAAAUUGCAUGUAAGUAGAGCCAAUGAGGGGCUUUGUUAAACUUGAACAGGAAGCUUGUUCCAAAGGUGGAGCAACCUCUAUGUGACAAAUCUCUCUGUCCAGCAAGUUUUUUUGAUGUCAUUUGGGUUCAUCCCCUCAUCCAUUCCAUUUCAAUAAUUUUUUCUGUGGAAGCUGCAAUUUGUUUGGUGCAUUCACCCAGUGCAUUUCAGGACAUUAUUUGACAGCACUCUAUGACCUCACCUGUCGAACUCUGAGUUAAUUUUUGCCACUCUCACAGUUCUGAUCUUUGUCCUAACUCACCUGAGUGAAAGGUUUUUAUGCUGGACAUGUACACACAUGUUUUCUAACUGUUUUAAGGUCUACACCACAGAACCAGCAGGGUCCAGUGGCCCAGGCUGAGGUGGGUCUGUCAGGUAUUGCCACUCCAGGGAAUGUGUAAGAGAUCUGUAACUUCAAAGAAAUGUUUGAAGUCUAAUGGAAGCAUACCUUAAGGAAUGUGGUCUGUGCCACUGGUGCUUCUGUACUGCUCAAUGCAUAAGGAGUGUGGUCUGUGCCACUGGUGCUGCUGUACUGCUCAAUGUAUAAGGAGUGUGGUCUGUGCCACUGGUGCUGCUGUACUGCUCAAUGCAUAAGGAAUGUGGUCUGUGCCACUGGUGCUGCUGUACUGCUCAAUGCAGCAAGAAAAGGCUGAUGUGUGGUAGAUAUUUCUUUGAUAGGAAAGAUUUGUAUAAUGUUUAUCACCAUUCUCAACAAAUCAGUGCCUCAUUGAAAAUUUCAGGGAUAAAGGUGAGAGAGUAAUUCUUGCUUAUGUGGCCAAGAAGGAUACCUUUUUGCCUGUCAGGUUCUUGACAAUGACGCACAGACUCCUGGAUCUAGCCAAGGGAUCUGGAGUGCUCGGAGUGGCAACAGUUUGACAUUAAGCAUUAUGAUUUAUUUCCACUGAUUCUUCUGGUCCUUCUGGUAAGAGGAAUAGCUGGGGCUGGCAGGAAACCUUUCAUCAGUUGAGCUAAAUUUGGUCGGUAGUGUAGUUCCUUAAUCUGUCCUGAGUGGUACCUGAUACUGUUCCACUCUGUCAGUUUACAGGACUUCUCAGCUUAUCUUAAGCCUCUGUGAUUUUGGCCUUGGUUAUUCUGUGGUUGAAGUCCAUGUGUCAGUAGUUCCAGACCAUCAUGUCACUGUGGAGGAAAACUUGUAGCACAUCCAUUAGCCUUCUAGUAGCUACUUUGACAAUUAUCCACCUUCUAUCCACUGUUGAAGGAGCCAUGCUCUAUGCUGCUUUUUUAUUCAACGUUUUUAAUCUAGGCUACUGUUCCCACUAAAACUAAUUAUAUUCACCAGAGAUCAAACCUACUCUCUAAUGAAUGACCAGACUGACUUUUCUGCUCUAGUGUGUCCUAAAUUUAAAACCAACACUGGCAAAAGACCAGUUUCUAGAAUAUACCCAGCCAUAUGGAAUCCUGUACCCAUUGAAAAAAAAGUCAAACAUUAGAACUAUUUAAUGCUGCUUUAAUUGAAAAUCUCCAUAAAGAAUCUGAUAGCUUAAUAAACAUUGUGAACGCAGGUGCAGAGUGCACCAUGGUACCUGCAUCUUUUUUAUUCAGUUAUCAAUGGUGAAAGUAAGACAACAAUACGCAAAUUUUGUAAAUGUGUGUACUUGUAUAAAUUGUAUAUAUAACCCUGUAUAUAUGAAUGUUUGUAUAUUGUUCAUGUAUUUUUCAUAGUUCUGUUUCUGUACUUUAACACACAGAGUAAUAGAAAAUUUAAAUAAAGAAAUCCUCUGAUUUGUA